AUGGUGAUAGUUGCUUUUAAACUUGGAAAAUCAGAAGUUCUUUUCACAGAUUGUGGCGGUACACGUGAAGGCCCCAGUGGAGUGAUCGUGUCACCAGACUACCCCAGCAGUUACCCUAACAAUGCCAGAUGUAACUGGACCAUCACAGCACAGCCCAACGAGAUAAUUGACCUCAGGUUCAAAACUGUAGAUUUUGAUGGAUAUGUAGACGCAUGCCCAGACUACGUUGAUAUUUACGAUGGGGCCAGCACGACGUCAAAUGUGAUGAGGCAGCUAUGCAGGUACUACACACCCACUGAGCUGGCUGAGCUUUCUGUUCGUUCGACAUCUAAUAAAGUUUUAAUCACAUUCACUUCCGACAACGUGAAUCAAAGACCAGGAUUCUUGGCCGAAUAUUGGACUCAGGAAUGCCCUUCAAUGAAAUUUGGCACAGAAAGAUGUACACAAAGUUGUAGCUGUGUAGUGGAGAACACUGCGUUUUGCGACAACUUUAACGGCUUGUGUACCUGUAAGAAAGGAUGGACGUCGCCCACAUGUGAAACUGACAUUGACGAGUGUGCUGAUCCCCUCAUUGAAGCUUGUCCACGAAAUUAUCAAGUGUGCCAGAACAUAGCUGGAAGUUUUGAUUGUGAAUGUCAAGUAGGGCUUGUGAAAAAUGUAAUAACAGGAGAUUGCGAAGCUAGUACUAACAGACCAUGCACAAAACCUUGUCAAGGACUUUGUCGGUGGGUAACUCCUCCAGGCCAGGUCACUCAAACGGAGCAGUGUAUCUGCCCAUACAACACAAAAAUAGUUGGAAAUAAAUGUGUGGCUUGCACUGGUCUAACUUAUGGAAGAAACUGUGAAAGGAGUUGCAGCACUUGUGACAAGACUAACACCCAACGUUGUGACAAUGUCACUGGUCAGUGUAUCUGUUUACCUGGCUGGUCAGGUGACACUUGCUCUAAGGACAUCGAUGAGUGUGCACUUAGUGAAGAGCUGAGAGUUUGUGAGAACGCAAAGGGAAAACAUGAGUGUGUAAACACCAUCGGAAGUUAUAUGUGUAUAGAUGAUUAUGUCAGCAACUGUAAACACAAAAUUCAUGCAACCGAUGAAAAACAGAUACUUAUCAGUCCUGGCUAUCCAAAAUAUGCCAAUAAAAUAGUCUGUUAUUGGGCAAUAGAUGCACCGGCUGGGUACAUUAUUUCUUUGAGAUUUAGUAACAUCUCAUUGAACCAUCACGGUAAAUCAGAUUUGAAAGUGUAUAAUCCAGAAGAAGUUAUUUUCGGAGUAUACGUCCAAUUUUCUUACGGGAUAACCUCGCCAUAUGAAAUAACUUCAAGAGAAAAUGUUUUAAACAUUCUAUUACAGUCAAAUGGGUUUGAUGAUGACAAAGGAUUCAAUGCUACAAUUAUGAAUUGUGAUUCAAGCUACACUGGAGAGUCUGGAAUUGUUCAAACAGAAGGUUACCCAAACUAUCACCUGAGAAGAGCUGAAUGUAAAUUUAGAAUACAAGGGAAGCCAGGUCAUGUUGUUACACUGCAUAUCAAAAGCGGGGAGUUCCAGUUGAUUGAAGAUAGCACGUGUAGCUAUGACUCAUUAAACAUCUUUAGUAUUGAGAAUACAACAAGAACACAAAUAGGCAGAUACUGUGGUACCAGAAUACCACCUUUGAUAAGGACCAGUGGUAACAUAAUGGAGAUUCAGCUCGAAACAGCUUCAGAUUCUGAGUUGAGCAGAAAAGGAUUUCAUGGUGUUUACAGUAUUCACCCAUGUAACACCUUUAUGUACGGACCAACCUGUAAUUACAAAUGUGCAUGUGUCAAGUCUAAAACACGAUUCUGCGACAACACCAAUGGCGUUUGUGUGUGCAAGCCUGGGUGGACAGGUGACACCUGCUCUGAAGAUGUUAAUGAGUGCAACUACAUCACCUGUCCAACUAAUGAAGUUUGUAAGAACACAUCAGGGAAUUAUUCAUGUGAAUGUAGACUUGGAUUUAGUAGGAUAGCAACCGUUCAAUGUCAAGGUUUGUCAGAUUUUCUUUUAUAA